AUGGAAGCAACCACCAAAAGAAUAGACGCAACGCUCUUACAGCAAAACCAAAACAAUCUAGUUAGAAUCAUCGGUAAAUGCGAAUCAUACAAUGCUACCUCACAACUGGCAAUUUUGAUAAGUAAUGGAUCAAUCAAACUAGAUUUAUCAUCGGCGGCAGCACAAGACAGUAACAAUGGUGAUGGUAGUAGUGUAUUACAAGUGAAUAAGAAUUACGAGGUCAUUGGCAAAGUAAGUCAUAAUCCAUCUGAUUUGAAAGUCCAUGUUUAUUCUAUUGUUGAAUUGACUGAUAAUUUGAAUUUUAAAGCGGUGGAGAAAUUGGUUCAUUAUACUUAUAAAGUUCCUGAAUUAUUUUAUCAAGAAGCAUAG